GAAGACCAAGCCGCCAUCUGAGAACAUCCCCGUUUACCGCGAGAACGCAACUUUCUUCUUCAAACAUUUUCCGCGAGCGCUCAAUUCGCAGAGUUCGUUACAGAGAGAGAGAGAGAGAGGAAGGGAGAGACAGAUGGCAACAAUGGCGGCAACAGCUACCGCUUGUUGCGGCAGCAGCUCGUUCAAAGCGAAUUUUAGGGCAAAUCGGAGAAAUGGCACAGAUUCUUCUCCGUCGUCCACUUUAGCCUCCUCACCGUCGUCGUCUCGGUUAUCGUUCUCUUCCAGAGUUUCCGGCUGCUCUCUCCGCUCUCAGCGUUCCGUUCCUUCCCUUCGGAUGGCGAAUUCCGGGGAUCCGGAUCAGGUUGUUUUAGCUUCGGCGAAGGCGGAACCGCCUCUUAGAAUCAUGAUAUCAGGUGCUCCGGCGUCGGGUAAAGGGACUCAGUGCGAGCUCAUAACCAAAAAGUAUGACUUGGUGCACAUUGCUGCUGGAGACUUGCUGCGGGCAGAAAUUGCUUCCGGGAGUGAAAAUGGCAAGCGGGCUAAGGAGUACAUGGAGAAAGGACAGUUGGUUCCAGAUGAAAUAGUCGUGAUGAUGGUGAAGGAUCGGCUGCUGCAGCCUGACUCGCAAGAGAAGGGUUGGCUAUUAGAUGGAUACCCACGGAGUAUGUCCCAAGCAACUGCUCUCAAGGGAUACGGCUUUCAGCCUGAUAUCUUCAUUGUCUUAGAAGUCCCUGAAGAUAUAUUGGUUGAAAGAGUUGUUGGGCGUAGGUUGGACCCCGUUACUGGCAAGAUUUACCACCUGACCUACUCUCCACCUGAAACUGAAGAAAUAGCUGCUAGACUCACUCAACGGUUCGAUGACACUGAAGAAAAGGCACGUCUUGGCUAUAGUGUUGUGUUGCUUCAAGAUAGAGACAAGAAAAUGGAUCUUCUUUAUUUUGUCACAUCUAGCUGGUUAGUGGGUUUGGUUAAUUUGGUCAAAGGGAAUGCGCCAAAGCAAGAGGUUUUCGCUGAGAUCGACAAUGCCUUGUCGAAACUGCUAGAUAGUAGGAAGGCAACUUCAGAAUCUCUGGCUGCUUGAUAUGAAAUAGCGCAUUUAAAUAAGAUAGAGACACCUUAGAGCAUGAGAACUGAUGAGUUGAGCACAUGCACACAUAUCUCACCCUCGUUUGAGGAGCUUGUAACUUUCAUCCGAGGAGCUUGUAAAAGGAUAAACGACAGUAUUGAUUGUGCAUCUCUGUAUUACUCGAGUGAUUGACAUGGAUUGGUUCAGGAUUUGUGUUGGUCUUAUGCUUGGGAAAAUUUGCACUUUUAGUUCCUAUCCUAUGUUGUUUGAACAUAUAUGCCUUUUGUAUUAUGAUUUUGGGUUUUUUGACGAAC